GGUAAAAGAAAUCUCGCGUUUGCUGAGCUAACGUUAACAUCAGUUGCCUCGGCUCUGACAGAUAACCUCAAGCCACCUGAAACACGCACAGCGAAUUACCAUAAGUCUGCUAAACUGGGGGAAAUGCCCUUCGGAAGAUAUACAGAUUGUUGAUUUAGGUCCUUGUUUAUAUCGGUCAAUAAGUGCCUCAGAUUACCUAGCUACUUGUUGGCUAAAUUAUCCUAGUUAGCUUAUAAACUAAGCUAAAUCGUUAGCUAUUUAGCAUUAGCCAGCUUUCUAUCGUUGGCUAAAUAGCAACGCUAAUAACAGGUUGUGUGUAGGUGACAGCUCGACUGCCUUUAAUUCCGGACAACCAGACUGAAGAAGAAUAAAGGGGGAUGGUGCAGCCCCAACCUGAUGGCCCAAUGCAGUGGGACAUGACCGGAGAGGAGAGCGCAGGGGCCCUCAGGGUUCCCCCAGAGUUGGCAGCCAAUGAAGUAGUAACCAGGUUGCUGGGUGAUAACCAGCAGCUUAGAGAGGCCUUGAGGCGGAGCAACCUAGCCUUGCGUCAGCGCUGUGAGGAGAUGGAGGGAUGGCAGCGCAGGACAAGAGAGGAAAGAGAAUUUCUUAGCUGCCGUUUCCAGGAGGCCAGGGCCCUGGUGGAGAGGCUGGCCCAGGAGAACCACUCUUUGCAGGGCUUGGUGAGCGGACCAGCCUCCUCCUCUAACCACUGCUGCAGCUCCAGCCAGACUGAAGACCUGCAUGGGCGCACAGCGAGGAACGGACCCCUGGAUGGACCACAGGUUGGACCACAGACUUUAGAUCAACGGGAGAGGAAGAGAGUGGAAGAGACGGAUCAACACACACAGACCACGCCACCUCGCAGCUUGGAUGAUGCAAGUGUACAUAGCUCCUUGAGUAGUGCCCCCCCCUCUCCCCCCAUCUCAAUUUCAGAGGUAUGGGGGGAGACUAUGGGCAGGGAGACUGGCCAGCCUGUUGAAGGUGCAAACGAUUUCCUCCAGCUGCUGAAGAGCCACAAAGAAAAACUUGAGGAGGGGAUGAGAGAGCUUAGGAGGAAGAAUGAAGAGCUUGAGAGGGAGAGGGAGGAAGGAGAGAAGGAGAGAGAGAGAAUGCGGCGCUGCAUUGACCAGCUACGAGGCAAACUGGUCCAGGCACAGGCAAGCAGUGUUACUGAGGAGGUUGUUCAACAUCGCUCUGAGGCACAGCACUCGUCUGACUGCUCUAGCCUGGCUAAACUCACAGAGCAGCUUCAGGCCACACAGGGCAGGUAUCGUGAGUUGGAGGAGAAGCUUGAUUACCUGCAGAAGAGUUCAGCUCAGCGGGACAGAACUGAAGCUCUCCUCAAACAGAAGGACAAGGACUGUGCGCAGCUGGCUAAAGACUGCGAGGCUCUUAAAGCUCAAGCAACUUCCCUAUUAGGAGAACUGAAUGAGCGACAGAGCUCCCUGGAAAAAAGUGAGCAUGAACGCAAAAUGUUGGAAGAAAAGCUAUGCAGUAAGCUGAAGGCCCUGCAGGUGGCAGAGCGUGAGCUGGAGCAGCAGAGGAAGCAGCAUCAUGUGGCCAUGGACAAGCUGCUGCUGCAGACCCAGAGCCUGGAGCAGGCUCUGAAGACAGAGAGACAUGUCGUCACAGAGGAGAAAAAGAAAUUGACACAACUGCAGCAUGCCUACACAUGUCUGUUUAGAGACUAUGAUUCUAAACUGAAGACUGAGGGAGGAGAUCUGUGCAGCAGACUAGAGGAGGCAGAGAGAGCACUGGCACUGAAGCAGGAUCUGAUAGAUAAACUGAAGGAGGAGGUGGAGCAACAGAAAGGUUCACUAGAGACUGUUCCUGUCCUCACUGCACAGGCUGAGAUCUACAAGGGAGAUUUCCUAGCAGAGCGAGAAGCGAGAGAGAAGCUGAACCAGAAGAAAGAGGAGCUGCAGGAUCAGCUGACUCAGGCCCUGGCUGAGAUUGACAGGCUCAAAGAAGAAGCCACAUCACGUGCACGUAUGGAGCAAAUGAAGCUGAGACACCUGGAAGACUUUCCAGCACGGGCACCACGCAUUCCACCUCCACAAGGUGCGUUCCCUGGCGCAGCUUUCAACACAGCCCCCCCUGCCACCUCGUUCCGCAAUCAAGGUUUGGUACCUGUCGGUGAUCAAGGGGCAGCCGGAGCUGAGGAGCUGCCAGAUUUAUGUUGUCCUAAGUGCCAAUAUCAGGCUCCAGAUAUGGAUACACUGCAGAUACAUGUCAUGGACUGUAUACAGUAAUAUGAGCACACCAUGACACAUACACCUAUAUAUAUAUAUAUAUAUAUAUAUAUAUAUAUAUAUAUAUAUAUAUAUAUA